UAUUUAGUGUUUAUUGCAACCCUGAUGAGCGACGCGGCUUUCCAUUUGCGCUCGCAUAUUUUUGUUGCAUUUUCACCAGUUUCUGCGUUAGUUUAACAAAUAGGAAUAAGUAGAAACAUCAGAAUGGAUGACAUAUUGAGUCCAGGCUUUUCAAUACCCAGCAUUGGACAUGCACCGACGCCGCUGCAUCACAGCCUGGACGCCGAUCAACAAAUCGAAGCAUUACCACAUCAAGUUUAUCAUCCACCCGCAGCAGAGCCAACAACAACGGCAGCCACAGCGCAGCAACAACAAACAGACAAUGGAACGGGCGUGCCUGAUGGAAGCAGCGGUAGCGGUUUGUUUGGUCAUGAACCCUCUAUACCUCUUGCUCAUAAACAAAUGCAAAGCUAUCAGCCCUCUGCCUCCUACCAGCAACAGCAGCAGCAAAGCGGCAACACAGGCGGCAGCACGCCCCAAUCUCUUAUGCAGCCACAGACGCCUCAGAGUAUGAUGUCCCACAUGAUGCCAAUGACAGAGCGAAGUGCACCCGGAGAUUCAUCCCUGAGUAAUAUACAUCAGACGAUGGGUCCAUCAACACCGAUGACACCUGCCACACCUGGUUCCGCCGAUCCGGGCAUUGUGCCGCAGCUGCAGAAUAUAGUAUCUACUGUUAAUCUGUGUUGUAAAUUGGACUUAAAGAAAAUAGCUCUGCAUGCGCGUAAUGCUGAGUAUAAUCCAAAGCGUUUUGCGGCCGUGAUUAUGCGUAUCCGAGAGCCACGAACCACGGCCCUGAUCUUCAGUUCCGGCAAAAUGGUAUGCACAGGGGCCAAGAGCGAAGAUGAUUCACGGCUAGCAGCUCGCAAGUAUGCGCGCAUCAUACAGAAGCUGGGAUUUCCGGCCAAAUUCCUUGAUUUUAAGAUACAAAAUAUGGUGGGCUCGUGCGAUGUAAAGUUUCCUAUCCGACUAGAGGGCCUUGUUCUGACCCAUUGCAACUUCAGUAGUUACGAGCCAGAGCUGUUUCCGGGUUUAAUUUAUCGAAUGGUGCGUCCACGUAUCGUUCUGCUGAUCUUCGUCUCUGGCAAGGUUGUGCUAACUGGAGCCAAAGUGCGACAGGAGAUCUAUGAUGCGUUCGACAAGAUAUUUCCCAUAUUGAAGAAGUUCAAGAAGCAGUCGUAAGUUUUCUUUUAGGUUAUUGACUCUUAAAGUUGACUAAUUGUAGAUUGAAAUAAGGUUAAUAAUAAAUACUGUAUUUAGUUGAUAAAU